AUGUCUCUGAUUCCGAGUUUCUUUAGCGGUCGCCGUAGCAACGUGUUCGACCCGUUUUCACUGGAUCUUUGGGAUCCACUCGAAGGCUUCCCUUUCUCUGGCGCCGUCUCGAACUCUCCGUCCUCUGCCAGAGAAGUCUCGGCGGUGGCCAACGCGCGGAUCGACUGGAAGGAGACGCCGGAGGCUCACGUGUUCAAGGUGGAUGUGCCCGGAUUGAAGAAAGAGGAGGUCAAGGUCGAGGUGGAGGAUGGUUGUGUGCUGCAGAUUAGUGGGGAGAGGAGCAAGGAGCAGGUGGAGAAGAACGACAGGUGGCACCGUGUGGAGAGGAGUUCCGGCAAGUUCCUCCGCCGUUUCCGUCUGCCGGAGAAUGCCAAGCUUGAUCAGGUGAAGGCGGCUAUGGAGAACGGCGUGCUGACUGUGACGGUGCCGAAAGAGGAGGUGAAGAAGCCUGAGGUCAAGGCCAUCGACAUCUCUGGUUAG